AUAUCGCGCUCUUCUCUCUCUCAAGACCUCUGUUUCCGAUCAUUCCCAUUCGCCGCUCUCUACUUGGGAUGCUGCCACUCCUCACUGUACUUGGAGUAUUUGGCGGUGUCUGGAAAUGAGCUUCAAGGUAUGAUUCCACCGGAGAUUGGUAACCUGACUAAGCUUCGUGAACUUUACAUGGGAUAUUACAAUACCUACGAUGGCGGUUUGCCGCCGGAGAUCGGAAAACUGUCGGAACUGGUUCGAUUGGAUGCUGCGAACUGUGGGUUGACGGGUGAGAUUCCACGCGAGCUUUGGAAACUUCAGAGACAGGAUACUCUGUUUCUUCAGGUGAACGGUUUUUCUGGGCCUUUAAUUCCGGAGCUUGGGAGCUUGAAGGGGCUGAAAUCCAUGGAUUUGUCUAACAACAUUCUUGUCGGUUAUUUUCCGGACUCAUUCUCUCAACUGAAGAACUUGACGCUUUUGCAUCUUUUCAGAAAUAAGCUUCAUGGAGCUAUUCCACAGUUCAUCGGUGAGUUGCCGGAGCUGGAAGUCUUGCAGUUGUGGAAAAAUAACUUCACUGGUUCCAUUCCUUCUAGUUUGGGGAAGAAUGGGAAGCUUGUCGUUCUCGACAUUUCGUCGAACAAAUUGACUGGAACUUUACCUCCUCAUAUGUGUCGUGGAAAUCGACUUCAAACUCUGAUCACACUCGAAAAUUUCUUGUUCGGUCCAAUCCCUGAAUCUCUCGGUAAAUGCGAAUCGUUGAGCCGUAUUCGAAUGGGGGAGAAUUUUCUCAAUGGUUCAAUCCCAAAGGGUCUCUUCGGGUUGCCACAUUUGUCCCAAGUUGAGUUGCAGACAAACGGAGAAUUUCCAGUCACUGAUUUCGUCUCUGUAAAUCUCGGCCAAAUUAGUCUCUCAAACAACCAGCUCUCUGGGUCACUACCUCCGACAGUCGGAAAUUUCUCUGGCGUCCAGAAGCUUCUCCUCGAUGGAAAUAAAUUCUCCGGCCAAAUCCCACCUGAAAUCGGGCGGUUACAGCAGCUCUCAAAGAUCGAUUUCGGCCACAACAAAUUCUCCGGCCCAAUAGCGCCGGAAAUCGGCCAAUGUAAGAUUUUAACCUUCGUUGAUCCCAGUCGAAACGAGCUCACCGGUGAGAUUCCGAACGAAAUCACCACAACAAGGAUACUGACCUAUCUUAAUCUCUCAAGAAACCGUUUAAUUGGAAGUGUUCCUGCUUCAAUAUCCUCAAUGCAGAGCCUAACAUCUGUUGAUUUUUCAUAUAAUAAUCUCUCUGACGCCACCGCCAAUGAGGGAGGUGGUUCAAAUCCUGACAGAUAUCCCAAAGCCCCUCUUUUGACGCCACCGCCAUCAUCCCCACCGCCGCCGGGGGGCUUGGUUCACAUCAUGUAUGUAUCUCACAAUUUCCACACUCCACUUAUAAAUCCAAACCUCUGUUUCAUCAUCCAUUACCAAUCCAAAAUCUCCGCCCUCUCUCUCUCUCUAAAAAUGCCAUUUUUGAAGUUUCCACCAUCCUCUCUCUUUCUUCUUUUCACUCUCUCCUUCUUCCACUUCUUCGCUGUGGGUCUCUUCUCCAACGUCGACUACGAUAUUCUGAUUAGUGUCAAGAACACCCAUCUCGACGAUCCCGAUGGAGCUUUGAAGGAUUGGGUUCCCAAUCAAGCUCACACCCCCUGUUCUUGGACUGGCAUCACUUGCGAUUCCACUAACUUUUCUGUUCUUGCCAUCAAUUUGACCACUUCCAACAUCGCCGGCGGAUUUCCCUACGAUUUCUGCCGGAUUCCCACCCUUCAAAACCUUUCUAUCACAGUCACCAACAUCAAUGGAACUUUACUCUCCCCUUCCUUCUCUCUCUGUUCUCGCCUCCAACUCCUCAAUCUUUCCUCUAAUCUACUUGUCGGUAGGCUGCCCCAGUUUUCCCCUCUUUUCACACAGCUGCAAAUUCUCGAUCUCUCCUCCAAUAAUUUCACCGGCGAUGUUCCUCUCAGUUUCGGCCAGUUGCCGGCGCUCAGAGUGCUUCGCUUGACGAUGAAUUUGCUCGACGGCCCUGUCCCCUCUGUUCUGGGAAAUCUCACUCAGCUAACCGAAAUGGCCAUCGCUUAUAAUCCCUUCAUACCGAGUCCCUUACCGCCCGAGUACGGAAACCUGUCAAAACUCGAAAAUAUGUUUAUAAGCACAGCAAAUCUCAUCGGACCCAUUCCUGGUUCCAUCGGAAAACUUGCUAUGCUUACCAAUCUUGAUUUAACUGCCAAUUCGAUAUCUGGCCCUCUCCCGGAUUCAAUCGGCGGACUCAGGAGCAUAGAGAGGAUUCAACUCUACAAUAACCGAAUCUCCGGUGAAUUUCCAGAGAGUAUCGGUAAUUGGACUUCUCUGUCAUGUCUCGACCUCUCUCAGAAUAGUCUCACCGGAAAGUUACCGGAUAAAUUUGCUGCGAUCCCUCUAGAAACUCUGCAUCUCAAUGACAAUUUCCUGGAAGGGGAGUUUCCGGAGAGUUUAGCUUCGAGCCCACAUCUUAAAGAUUUGAAACUGUUCAACAAUAGCUUUUCUGGAACACUUCCUCAAAAUUUGGGUCUCAACUCUCCCUUUGCUGAGGUUGAUUUCUCUUCCAACAAUUUCGAAGGUAAUAUUCCGAAAUUUCUCUGCCAACGAAACCGCCUUCAGAAAUUUAUUUUAUUCAGCAACAGCUUCUCUGGGAAUUUCCCAGAAUCGUACGGCGCUUGUGAUUCUCUUAAAUAUGUCAGAAUCGAGAACAAUCAACUUUCCGGCGAGGUACCGGACUCGUUCUGGAAACUCCCUAAUCUUAAUAGCAUACAAAUGUCGGAUAAUCAAUUUCAGGGCUCCAUUCCGCCGGCGAUAAGCCACGCUCGCGAUCUCCAAGUGUUGUUGAUUUCCGGUAACAACUUCUCCGGCCAGUUGCCAGCAGAGAUUUGCAAAUUGAAAGAGCUAGUUCGGUUUGACAUCGGCAGGAACAAAUUCUCCGGUGGAGUUCCUUCCUGUAUAACAGAGUUGCAGAAACUUCAAAAGCUCGACAUGCAAGAAAACCAGUUCGCCGGCGAAAUUCCCAAGUUGGUUCAGUUCUGGAAAGAACUAACCGAGCUGAAUCUGUCCCAUAAUCAAUUUACCGGCAAGAUUCCGCCUCAGCUUGGCGAUUUACCGGUUCUAACGUACUUGGAUCUCUCUGCAAAUUUACUCUCCGGCGAAAUCCCGGAGGAAUUGACAAAGCUGAAACCGGACCAAUUCAAUUUAUCGAACAACAAAUUGACCGGAAAAGUUCCAUCCGGCCUCGACAACGAACAGUUCGUCGGUAGUUUACUGGGCAAUCCGGGUCUCUGUAGCUCGGAUUUGAAGCCACUAAACCGGUGUUCGAAACCCAAACCCCCAAGCUUCUAUGUUGUGGUGAUUCUCUCAGUUCUAGCUUUCGUUCUCAUCGGGUCUCUCAUUUGGGUAAUCAAAUUCAAGAUGAAUCUGUUGGGCAAAUCCAAAUCUCCAUGGACGGUGACCAAGUUCCAAAGGGCCGGGUUCGACGAAGAAGAUGUAAUUCCUCAUCUAACCAAAGGGAAUAUAAUCGGGUCGGGCGGUUCGGGUACAGUAUUCAAAGUGAAUCUGAAAACAGGUCAGACCGUAGCAGCCAAAAGUCUGUGGAGAGGCCACAACCAAUCGGAUAUUGAAUCGGUUUUCCAAUCGGAAGUCGAGACGUUGGGUCGGAUCCGGCAUGCCAAUAUUGUGAAGUUGAUAUUCAGUUGCAGCAAUGGCGAAGGAAGUAGAAUUCUUGUUUACGAGUACAUGGAGAAUGGAAGCUUAGGAGAUGUUCUACACGAGAACAAAUCCGAAGCUUUGUCAGAUUGGUCGAAAAGAUUGAACAUCGCCAUGGGAGCGGCCCAGGGAUUAGCUUAUCUGCACCAUGACUGCGUCCCUCCAAUAAUCCAUCGCGACGUGAAGAGCAACAACAUUCUGUUGGACGCUGAAUUUUGCCCUCGAGUGGCUGAUUUUGGGCUGGCAAAGACGCUGGAACGCCAGACAGAGGGCAACGAUGCUGGUGUCAUGUCUCGCAUCGCUGGCUCCUACGGCUAUAUUGCUCCCGAAUAUGGAUAUACUAUGAAGGUAACAGAGAAGAGUGACGUGUAUAGCUUUGGAGUAGUUUUGAUGGAGUUAGUGACCGGGAAGCGACCAAACGACCCGAGUUUUGGGGAGAACAGAGAUAUCGUCAAAUGGGUAACGGAGGCUGCUUUAUCAGAGGUUGAGGAGAAAGGGUUGAGCUUGGAUGAGAUAAUUGAUGAAAAGUUGGAUCCAAGAACAUGUGAAGUAGAGGAGAUAGCUAAGAUUUUGGAUGUGGCUGUGCUUUGCACCUCUGCUUUGCCCAUUGACAGACCUUCCAUGAGAAAAGUAGUUGAGAUGAUAAGAGACACCAAACUCCCUCCUUCUAAGUCAUGAACCUUUAGUUCUUUAUUAAUUAGUGUUAAUACAUAGUAGCGUUUACUUGAAUGAGAUGAACUAAUCUAAAACGGUAGGGUUUUUUUUUUUCUUCGUCUUCAAUGAAUUUAAUCUCAUUAGUUAUAAUUUCUAAUAUUACGAACACAUUAGAAAUUAUAACAAAUGAGAAAUCUAAACGUCUAUCAUUUUUAAUUA